AAAAAAAAGGUCUCUAAUUAUUUUAAUUUUGUCCCGUUUCCUUGUUUCUUCCCCCCACCCCCUCCCCUUCUCUCUCCUAAUUUCAUUUUCUUCCUCUUUAUUAUAUCUCUGACCCCUUCCCUAGAUUCUUCAUUCUUAAGAUUCUUCUUCCCUUUUCUUUCUCCAUUCCCUUCCCCAAACACAAAAAACGAAACCCCCCCCCCCUCAAUCCCCUUCGUUCUUCAGGGUUUUAGAUCUGUACAAACAAACAACAUCAUCGCAAUACUGUGCGAUCCCUUCUCGCAGAGCUAGAGAUAACUCUUCGUUGUGAAUCUAAAAACGCGAGGUUGUGAAGAAGAAAGACAUGGCGGAAGAGCACAGAUGCCAAGCACCUGAAGGUCACCGUCUCUGCGCCAAUAACUGUGGAUUCUUUGGUAGCCCAGCUACCAUGGAUCUCUGCUCCAAAUGUUAUAGAGAUUUCCGUCUUAAAGAACAAGAACAAGCCUCCACAAAGUCCACCAUCCAAGCCGCUCUCUCGGCCUCAUCAUCUCCUUCUCCUUCCUCUUCCCCAAUCGAUCCUCCCCCUGUUCCUCCUGUUGUCGCCUUGUCCCUGCCGGACACCACCACAGAUCUGACCAUCCCUCCCCUUGCGGCGGUCGGAUCUGAUGUCACAAACCCCAGCCCGAGCCCGAGCCCGAACCGUUGUUCAUCGUGCCGUAAGAAGGUGGGUUUGACCGGGUUCAAAUGCAGAUGUGGAACCACGUUCUGUGGGGCUCAUAGGUACCCGGAGAAACACGGCUGCACCUUCGACUUCAAGUCAAUCGGAAGAGAGGAGAUUGCUCGAGCAAACCCCGUCGUCAAAGCCGACAAACUAGAGAGGAUUUGAACGAUUUCUUAGGCCCUUAUGACUACCAUGGUGACGAUUAAGAGCAAACUUCACGGUGGCCAAUCAUCCGAUCACCUUCGCCGCCGUGCAAUCUCUCUUUCAGCCGUCCGGUCCCCGUUCAACGUCGCACUCGCUGCCGCUACUGGUCUUUCUCUCUAUCUCGCUACAAUAUAAAAUUAAGUGUGGAAGAUGGGUUUUGUUGUAAAAAAAUGAAUUUCGAUUUUUUUCCCUUUUGGUUUCAGAAUUGAAAGUAUCAAUCAAUCUUUACUUCCAUUGAA